AUGCAAAAUGAAAAAAAGUCUCUGUGCUUCCCAGAUCGAUCAUUCCGGCGACUGGAUCCGUUGAAAUCUGAGUCUGAUCCGGUACAGCUCUUCUCGAUUCCGGCAGAUUCCUUGCCGCCGGAUUCCAGCCGGAAUUGCACAGGAAAUAUCCGAUCAGUUCCUGACCGUUCCCAGCCCGAAGUUCGCAGGAAACGGUCGGGAAAUGACUGUAACCUACGUUUGAACUUCCGGCCGGAAUCCGGCGGCAAGGAAAUGGUCGGAAAACGAACCUAA